AUGCUAAUGUUUGGAUCUUUGAUCUCUGCGUUUGCAGAAUGUAUAAUCCGGAUGCUGAAUCUGAACCAGCCUCUGAAUCAAAGUGGAACAGCAAACGAGGAAGUCUACAAGAUCUUGAUCUACGACAGAUUCUGCCAGAACAUUCUAUCUCCAUUGAUCCACGUCAAGGAUCUUCGCAAGCAUGGAGUCACGCUCUACUUCCUCAUAGACAAAGAUCGAAAACCCGUCCACGAUGUUCCCGCCGUGUACUUUGUUCAGCCCACUCAAUCCAACAUCCAUAGGAUCAUAGCCGAUGCUUCCAACACUCUCUACCAGACUUUCCACCUCAACUUCUCCUCCUCCAUCCCUCGCAAGCUCCUCGAAGAACUCGCUUCGGGGACUCUCAAGUCUAGCUCCGUUGAGAAAGUCUCGAAAGUGCAUGAUCAGUAUCUCGAGUUUGUGACUCUGGAAGAUAACUUGUUCUCUCUUGCACAGCAAUCUACCUACGUUCAGCUCAACGAUCCAUCGGCGGGAGAUAAAGAGAUCGAGGAGAUCAUCGAAAAGGUCGCUAGUGGUUUGUUCUGUGUGUUGGUAACGCUCGGUGUGGCCCCUGUUAUCAGGUGCCCUCGUGGUGGUCCUGCAGAGAUGGUGGCGACGUUGUUGGAUCAGAAACUGAGGGAUCAUCUUUUGUCCAAGAACAAUCUGUUUACCGAAGGAGGCGGCUUCAUGAGCUCGUUCCAGCGUCCGCUUCUGUGCAUUUUCGACAGGAACUUCGAGCUCUCCGUUGGGAUUCAGCAUGAUUUUCGGUACAGGCCUCUUGUUCACGACGUUCUCGGGUUGAAGCUGAACCGACUGAACGUUCAGGGAGAGAAAGGAGGGAUGCAGUCGUUUGAGCUGGACGGUUCUGACCCGUUCUGGUCAGCGAACAGCUCCCUGGAGUUUCCAGAAGUCGCCGUGGAGAUCGAGACGCAGCUGAACAAGUACAAGAGAGACGUGGAGGAGGUUAACAAGAGGACCGGAGGCGGGAGCGGCGCUGAGUUUGACGGGACGGAUCUGAUCGGAAACACCAAGCAUCUCAUGAACGCUGUGAACUCGCUCCCGGAGCUAACGGAGAGGAAGCAAGUGAUUGACAAACACACAAACAUCGCGACGGCGCUCUUGGGACAGAUCAAGGAGAGAUCCAUCGACGCUUACACUAAGAAAGAGAGCGACAUGAUGGUGAGAGGCGGGAUCGACAGAGCCGAGCUCAUGGCUGCUCUAAAAGGCAAAGGCACAAAGAUGGACAAGCUCAGGUUCGCAAUCAUGUACUUGAUCUCAACAGAGACAAUAAACCAAUCAGAAGUCGAAUCAGUGGAAGCGGCACUGAACGAAGCCGAAGCUGACACAAGCGCGUUUCAGUACGUGAAGAAGAUCAAAUCCUUGAACGUAUCUCUUGCAGCUUCGGCGAACUCAGCAAGCAGAAGCAACAUUGUAGACUGGGCAGAGAAGCUUUACGGGCAGUCUAUAAGCGCGGUCACAGCAGGAGUCAAGAAUCUGUUGUCUAGUGAUCAACAAUUGGCGGUGACUCGAACCGUUGAGGCUUUAACCGAAGGAAAACCGAACCCAGAGUUCGAUUCUUACCUCUUGCUUGACCCGAGAGCCCCAAAGUCUAGCUCAGGUGGUGGUGGUAGCCACGUGAAGGGACCGUUUAGAGAAGCUAUGGUGUUCAUGAUCGGUGGAGGAAACUACGUUGAGUAUGGGAGUUUGCAGGAGCUGACUCAGAGACAGUUAACCGUUAAGAACGUUAUUUACGGAGCCACUGAGAUUCUCACCGGAAGUGAGUUGGUGGAACAGCUUGGGCUUUUGGGUAAGAAGAUGGGCUUGGGAGGCCCGGUCGCUUCGUCUUCAUCGUCUGGUCACUGA